AUGGAUCAGUCAAAGUUGGUUGAGCUGCUUCAGGCAUCGACCAUUCCUGAUACCGUAAAGGUCAAGGCUGCCACUGCUGAGCUCAAGAAGAACUUUUACCCUCACCCUGAGUCUCUUCUUGGCCUCCUCCACGUCGUCGUCUCCCACGAUGACGCCACCGUCCGUCAGCUCGCUGCCGUCCAGUCUUUGCGUCUAGUCCCCAAGCACUGGAAGAAGAUCGCCGCCGACCAGAAGUCUGGAGUCCGUAACGAGGUUGUCCAGGCUGCUGUUCGUGAGCAGCACCCCAAGGUCCGCCAUGGUAUCUCUCGUGUCAUUGCUGGCAUUGCUGUCAUUGACUUUGAGAACAAGGAGUGGCCCGAACUGCUUCCCAACGUUCUCCAGUUGACCACCUCUGACGAUGUCGCCCAUCGCGAGAUUGGCUCCUACAUCAUUUACAGUCUGCUCGAGGCUGACCCCACCACUUUCGUUGAGCACCUGGCCCAGAUGUUCGAGCUUUUCAGCAAGACCAUCCGCGACCCCCAGAGCCGCAGUGUUCGCAUCAACACCAUGCUUUCCAUUAGCUCGCUACUCCUCCUGAUCCAAGCUGAUGAGGACGAGGAGUCCGUGGCUACCGUCCAGGAGUUCGUCCCCGCCAUGGUUGACGUUCUCAAGGACACCAUCAACAGCGGCGAUGACGAGGGUACCCAGCAGGCUUUCGAAGUCUUCCAGAGUUUCCUGGGCUACGAAUCCGCUCUCAUCUCCAAGUACUUCAAGGAUCUCAUCCAGUUCAUGCUCGAGCUGUCUGCCAACACAAACGCCGACGAUGAAGUCCGAAACCAGGCCUUGGCCUUCCUCACUCAGUGUGCUCACUACCGUCGCAUGAAGCUCCAGGCCAUCCCCAACUUGGCCACUGAGCUCACCCGCCAGAGCAUGCAGAUUCUGGCCGAGCUUGAGGAGGAUGACGACGAGGAUGACAUGACUCCGCCCCGCGCUGCCCUGGCCCUGAUUGACCAGCUCUCCACCGAUCUGCCUCCCAGACAGGUGGUUGUUCCCAUCCUCGAGGAUCUGAAGAAGUACGCUUCCUCCGAGACCGUUGGAGCCCGCCGUGCGGCCAUGAUUGCUCUUGGUACCUGCGCUGAGGGUGCCCCCGACUUUGUCGCCACUCAGGUGGAGAGCCUCAUGCCUAUCAUUCUGCAGCUUCUCAACGACGCCAACCGAGCUGUGCGCCACGAUGCCCUCGUGUGCCUCAUGCGCAUGGGCGAGGACUUGGCUGAGUUCAUGAAGGCCCACCACGAAACCAUCAUGACGGCUCUGGUUAAGAACCUGGAAGCCGCAUCUGAGAACGAGAACGAUGAUAAGAACGUUGAAAUCAUCAGCUCGGUCUGCGGAUCCAUCGACACCAUGGCCGAGGGUCUUGGUGGUGAGGUUAUGCAGAAGUACGCCGAGGGCCUCAUCAGCCGCGUUGGCCGUUUCCUCAACCACUCUGACGUCAAGGUCAAGGCUGCCGCCGCUGGUGCCAUUGGUGCCAUUGCUCUGUCCAUCGAGGACGCCUUCAAGCCAUACCUGAAGGAGACAAUGGAGGCCAUGUCGCCCUUCGUUGUUGCAGAGGACAGUGAGGAUGACUUGUCCUUGCGUAGCUCCGUCGUCGAUGCCAUGGGUCGCAUUGCCGUUGGUGUCGGUGCUCAGGAUUUCCAGCCCUAUGUCAUGCCCCUGCUUAUGUCUAGUGAAAAAGCACUGAACCUUGGCAACGCCAGACUUCGUGAGACCACCUUCAUUCUCUGGAGUCAGCUCUCCAAGGUCUACGAGGGUGACCUCGGCGAUUCGCUUCAGGGUAUCUUCAAGGGUCUCUUUGAUUGCAUCGAGCUUGAGGAAGAGGACCUCGAUUUCGAUGAUGAAGAGGUCGCCGGCCUCGUGGAUGGUCAGCUCGUCACCGAUGGCAAGAAGCUCAGAGUCAAGGCCGAUGAUGCCGAUGACGAAGAGGAUGAAAUGGAUGAUGACGAUGAUGACGAUUGGGAUGACAUUAUGGGCAUUUCCCAAGCUGCCAUGGAGAAGGAGGUUGCUGUUGAGGUCCUUGGUGAUGUUAUCAGCCAUGCUAAGGACAAGAGCGUUCCUUACCUCGAGAAGGCCAUCGAACUCAUCUCGCCCCUCGUCGAGCACAACUACGAGGGCUGCAGAAAGGCCGCCAUCUCGACUCUCUGGCGUACUUAUGCAUGUGUCUGGCAGAUCAUGGAGGAGCAGACUGGCCAGAAGUGGUCGCCUGGUCUGCCUCUCAGCUUUGAGACUCCUUCCCACCUUGCCAAGCUUGGCGAGGUUGUCGCCACUGCUACCCUCCAGCUGUGGCUCGAGGAGUCUGACCGUGAUGUCGUUACCGAGAUCAACCGCAAUGUCGCUGCUACUCUGAAGCUGUGUGGACCUGCCAUUCUGUCGCAGAACGGCAUGACCGAGCAGACCAUCACCGUUCUCGGAACGCUGAUCACCAGAUCUCACCCUUGCCAGCAGGACCUUGGCGACGAGGAAGAGAACCAGGUCGCUGAGGGAGCCUCAGAGUGGGAUUGGCUGGUCGUUGACACCGCCUUGGACGUUGUCAUUGGCGUGGCCGCUGCCUUUGGCACUCAAUUUGCCGAGGUCUGGAAGAUCUUUGAGAAGCCCAUCGUCAAGCUCGUCAGCUCCCAGGAGGCCAUCGAGCGUUCCACGGCUGUUGGUGUGAUUGCUGAGUGCACUGCCUACAUGGGCUCCGCCGUCACUCCUUACACCAAGACUCUGUUAGCACCUAUGCUGCACCGUCUUUCGGACGAGGACAAGGAGACCAAGUCCAACGCUGCGUACGCCGUUGGCCAGCUUUGCUACCACUCCACUGACAGUGCCACUUACCUGCCCGCCUACCCCCAGAUCAUGAGCAAGCUGGAGCCUCUGUUGCACAUCAGUGAGAGCAGACUGCAAGACAACGCUACUGGCUGCAUGAGCCGUCUCAUUCUCGCUCACCCUGACAAGGUUCCUCUGGAGCAGGUGCUGCCUGCUCUGGUCGAGUUGCUGCCGCUCAAGGAGGACUACGAGGAGAACAAGCCUGUUUACGAGUGUAUUGCUAAGCUUUACGAGCUCCAGAACCCUACCAUCCAGGGACUGACGCAGCGUCUCGUACCCGUCUUCCAGCAGGUGCUUGGACCUCCCGAGGAGCAGCUGGAGCCCGAGACUCGCCAAGGUCUCCAGGAGCUGGUACGCAAGCUGGGUAUUGCGUAA